AUGCCGCCGUCCGCACGUCGUCGCGUAACCUUCGUGGGCGCCGACGUGAUCGAGUUCGACGCAGCCCUCGCGCCUGUCGUGCGUCUCCGUGGCGUCUCUUCUGCCGCUGCCAACGCUGCGCUCGAGUGUCAAGCGCGACGCGUCGCCUCGCCGCAGCAGCUGGUCGUCCAGUACAUUUCGGAGCUCCAGCACUCGAUUCGAGCGCGUGGCUUUCAGCCAAUGAGCGACGACCUGCUAACGCUACAGACCCAACACCAAGUGAUCGAGCUCUUGUACGUGUGGACAGCGACUGGGGUGGACAGAAACGCGGACGCGACUGAUGUAGCGACGCUGCGACGCGCCCGAUUGGCCACCAAGCUGCUGGACGGACGCGUUGAUGAUGGCUACGCUUUCGGGCGUCGGUUCUUCUCCGUCCCUCUGUACGUUGAGACGCUGAGCUUGGAGGAGCUGGUGCAAGCUGCAGAGGCUCGAGACGUGGAGCGUCCGAAGCUGGACGAGCAACAGAAAGCAGCAGUGAAGGUGCUGGAUCGAGAGCUUUUGGGACGUCAUGAGACGGCGGAGGGACGACCGCUGCGGUUGCUGACGUUCAGGCAAUUGACAGAGGAAGCACAAGCUCGAGGGGUGAUCGUGGCACGAGGAGACGCUGGGAGGGACAGCAGAGGGAAGAGAAGCAAACGAGCGUGGGUGGACGCGCUGCGGCCGGUGCUGGUCGAUGAGGUUCGAGCGAGCAAGAUGCGAGACCAGGAGGAGCUCUUGUUGCGAGCACGACUGACGGUGGAGAUUGAGCGGGAGCAGGAGCAAAAGCAGCAGCAGCGGCUUGUGCAGAUCAUUGAGGCGAUAGUGAAGGAUGAAGGUGGGGAAAACAGUGGCGGGUUUGACUGCGCGGAACCUGAAGAUGAGGACGCGACAGGGAAGGGGGAAGAGCUCGACGUUAAUGAUGCAAAACGGACUCGAGGGAUUGAGAACACACGCACGUUCUUGGCUGCGCUGGCCAAAACCAUGCGUGUAUCUAGAGAUUGCCAGGGGGAUGUUGACAUGGAAAAUGACGCAAUGGCCGGACACCUUUGCUCGAGUCGCCCAGGCGUGAAGGGUCUUGUGCGAGCCGAGUACCAUCUAAAGUGCUGA